AUGGAGAACGGCCUGCAUGUUCUGCCACCACAGACUACCCCGAUAAUUGUCAGUGACUAUCUAACCCUAACAUCGCCACCCACCUAUUCACGUCUACCCCCGGAUGGUCAUGAAUUUCCGCCAAAUUUCUCGGAACCAUUGAUUAUGCCUGGUGGAUCCGCUAAUGUCAUGAAGACCACCAGUUUGAUGCAAAGUGUGAUGACGACCACAACAAAGGGUUCGGCGCCGGGUGAUAGUAACACCGUUUAUACCGAGAAAUUAUAUGCUGCCUCUAAAGUUGGACCCACAAUGAUGGCCAGUAGCCGUAGCACACAUUUGACCAGCACAACCACAAAUGGUAUUACCCAAACUAUGGUCGAGGUGGAGAAACAAAAAUCCGGACCCAUUACAAUGGAAAUGGGAGGUGGAAGUUCUGAUGCCGUACCACCACCUCUGCCCAAAUCCACACCACCAGCCACAGUGCCACGCAAGGUCUAUCGCCAAGAUUUGGUGGUCAAUGUUGAAGAUGCCCGGCCCAAUCCGAUAAGCGUGGCCACAGGGACGCCCACAAAAAUCAUUAUCGACACACGUAACAGUCGCUCCACACAAAACCUUUCCUCUGGGAACAGCAGUGGCAGCAGCACACCCACAGCCCACAAAUUGGAGGCCUCCUCCUUCAGCGACUGCCCUGACUAUAAACGUUCCUUAAGUGUACCUCGUCGUUCCAGUGAUUGGCGCAAGGAUGAGAAAUCCGAAAAGAGUGUUCGCGACAAAAUUGCCAUGUUCUCCAAUGAUGAUGCUGCCCAGCCGCUUGAACCUGCCGCCAAACCGAUUAGCUUCUCACGUUCCAAUAGUUCCACAAAGCCCUUGAAUUUAAGUACCGAAAAUUUACUGGACACCUCCUCCUCACACACACCCUAUCGGGCGGGUUCGGCCUCUCUACAGAAGACACGUGCCAUGAGUGUGGAAAAUCUCAAUGAUGUUGCCCGACUCUAUCAGCUUAGCAAGCCCUUACCGGCCCAAAGCAACUUCUCCGACUCAUUGCAGUCCUUGAACUCCAUAAAUUCCGAUUAUACCCAAAGUUAUGCCUCGCUGCCCCGGCGCCAUGCCUCCACCCAACAUUUGGAUAGGCGUAUAAGCUUCUCGGGACAGCCGGCCUAUGUGCCGGAUGAGGCCUCAAGGAAGGCAGCCAUUACCAAUAUUUUAGAGCAACGCAGACGUAGUCUGUCGAAGCUGAGAGGUUUGGUAAUACCUGAUCGGCCUCAUGUGCCCCUCGAGCCCAUAUUGGAUUUGCCGGAAAUUAAAAGUCGGGAUAGUGAUCAAAUGAAGGCAUCGGGUAAUACCUCCUCCACCGAUUCCACAGAUAGUGGGGUGGGUUCAGUAAGCGGAGGAGUUGGAGGCCUUAACACCAUUCCCAGACCAGCCAAGCGUGCCGAAAUGAGCAUGACCACAAAUACCACCUCUUCCUCCUCGAUGAUGAGUUCUCCCCUGAGGCCCCUAAAUGUUUCCACGCACAGCAACAGUGUCAACAUUGCCAACAAUCGGGGAUAUUUGUCACAAAACAACACCAGUAAUUCCCGACACAUGGCUCCCUCAGUGGCCCAGAGACGUAUGGAGGCCCUCAACACCAUCCCUCCUGCAAAGCCACCACGCACAUCCCUUGUUGCCACACCCCGCCAGAUGUUACACGAAGAAAGCGAUUCGUGUGAUUCGGUAUUCUCCUCCCGCAUAUCCUCACCACCCAUGUCACCCUGUGUACCCCAAGUGCCGGAGAAAUUUGCCCUCACACGUACCCUCUCCUCGGAGACGAACACCUCCAUUGCCAGUUCCACCACCUCAACAUUAACCUCGGGUUCUGGUUCACAGGCCAGCUGUUCGUCGGUAGGCAGCACCCCAACCGUUGAUCUUAGUCGCAGAGUUUUGAAAUCCGGUUCCAAUGAAUCGGCCACAAAUCGCAAAAACAUUCUGGCCUCGGCCAAGUGCCGCAACGGGCGUGGUGAUACCUCGGCCCUAAUGCGUAAUCGUCCCUAUGAUGAUGAGGACAGUACCGAUGGCUAUGAUGAUGAUGAAGUUAGACGGCAUCACAAAUCCAAACCCAGAUCUCUGGUGUCGAGCAGUUCAUCCCUGAUCACCCUACCCUCCAAGGCUGCUUCACCCACGGCGCCCAUUAAUUAUAAAUUGGUAACAAAGAAUGAUCAGAACCUUGUGGACAAGGUCAUCAAUGUGGCAGCCUAUGUUGAGAUCACCUCCGACACGGAUGAUAGCAGCCGCAAAUCGGCCGACAGUAGCUCGCCCCUCAAACUCAGUGCCAUGUUCAUCGAUGAAGAACGCAAACAAAGUUUCAAAGCCGAUCCCACCCAGAAAGCAGUGAGUAAACCCAAGACCAGCAAUAUCAUUCCAGCCAAAGUGGUGGCUCCCAUCAGCUCCCAACCGGUGCAGCCUCUAAGUCCCCAGAGGGCCGUGGAAGCCAUUUCUCCGUUGAGCAAAAAAUCGGGCGAUUCCUCUUCCUCCAGUGAGUUGAGUCAAUGGAUGCAUGUUGAGGUGGCAAAAUCAAGAACCCUGAACUCCUACUCGAGGACCCCGGAGCGAACCCUCAAACCGGUAUAUGAGGCCACCACCAAGACAACCUUUAGCAGUUUGUCCAGCAAAACCACACCGAAAAUCUCAACCGCUGAGAUCCGUGAGAAAUUUGAACGCACAGCAGCAGCUCAGGCUGCCAACAACAACACCACAACCAUUUCUCCCCUCAUCUCCACUUCGAGUAACAUAAACACCUCCCCCACUGCCCCCUCAAUGACCACAAACCUACUCAGUGUCAAGUCACAACAACAAAAACAAUCUACCUACCACGAACGUUUCUCAUCGUUGGAUUCGAUUGCCUCCUCCUCAUCAGGUGUCAGUUCCACUACACAAAAUGUCUCCUCGACCCAAGAGAACACUACGGAAUUUGGUAGUUUCUCAUCGCUUGGCAGCAAUCAGAGCCUGAUCACUGCUCAAGAUAUACAACAGAUAAUCGAAGAAGCCGAUCCACCACUUAAAACACCGGAAGCCUUUAUUAUUGUCCUGCAAAGGGAUACACCGGAAUCGAGUAUUGGCAUAACCUUGGCCGGUGGUUCCGAUUAUGAAGCUAAGGAAAUAACGAUCCACAAAAUUUUAGCCAAUACCCCGGCAGCUAAAGAUGGUCGUUUAAAGAAGGGUGAUCGCAUAUUGGCCGUUAAUGGCAUGAGCAUGCGCGGUUUAACACAUCGUGAAUCAAUAACGGUGCUAAAGACUCCUCGUCCUGAAGUCGUCCUUGUGGUAACACGUUCCGAAUCGAUCAUCGUGAAACCCUUGACAAAGAAACGUUCCUCUUUGGGUUCCCUGUCCAGUUUGAACGAGAAGCCGACAGAAAUUGAUUAUGAAAAGAAACGUAAUUAUCACAAAGCUUCAAGAUCAUUGGAUUUAGAUUUGGAUGUGAUCUCGAAUGAAGAGGCCACAUCGCCAACAAGUCGACACACCCCGUCGAGUACAAGUUCCAGCAGUCGCAGUAGCCCACAGCCACCGGUUAGCCUUUCGGAAGCUGAAACCUUGGCCAGUAUUAGAGCUAGACGUCAACUGUCUAGACCGGAUGUUAGUAAAAUUUCAACAAGUGAGCUGCUGGAAAGGGCUCAAGAGACAAGGAAUGCCUUGCAGGCGGAAAUUAGGGCACAGGAGGCCACACCCAAGGGUGCCCGCUGUGUGGAAAUCAUCAAAGAUAGCUGUGGUUUGGGUUUCUCCAUUGAGGGUGGUUUCGAUUCCCCCCUGGGUAACCGACCUUUGGUGGUGAAAAAGGUGUUCAUGGGCGGUGCUGCCAAGAAAACCAAUCAAGUGCGCAAUGGUGAUGAAAUCCUUAGCAUCAAUGGCUGUUCCACAGCCAAAAUGACCCGUGUCGAUGCCUGGAAUUAUAUGAAACAGUUACCUUUGGGACCAGUUAAAAUUGUAUUUGCCUAAAAA